UCCUUGUUGAUGCCGAUGAUCAUGAAUUUCAUAAAGAGCUCCUGAGUCAAGAGAAUAAUGUAGACGAUAGUACAGUUUGUAUAGUAUCUAGACAAAACACGGGAACUAGUGAAGGGUGUUCCUGUGAGACUGUAAUGAAGAAGGAUUGUUUGACGGUGCUCGGGGAAGAUCAUAAGGCGCCAAUCCUCCUUCGUAGGGUUGAUUUUUGGCUAUACUAUCUUGCUUAUCUCUGUGGAGGCACAAUUGGGCUAGUGUACAAUAAUAAUCUCGGGCAGAUAGCUCAAUCACUUGGAUAUUAUUCAAUGACUUCAAGGCUCAUUACAACGUAUUCUUCGUUCUCUUUCUUCGGGCGCUUGCUUUCAGCUGCACCAGACUUCAUUCGAACGAAGCUAUACUUUGCGCGGACCGGAUGGCUGGCCAUAGCCCUUCUGCCAAUGCCAAUGGCCUAUUUCUUGCUUACCGUGAAUAGUGGGGAGGCUGCAGUUCAUGUUGGCACCGCCCUAGUAGGACUAACCUCGGGAUUUAUAUUUGCUGCUGCGGUUUCAGUAACAUCUGAGCUUUUCGGCCCCAAUAGUGUGGGUGUCAACCACAACAUUCUCAUCACAAAUAUCCCCAUCGGAUCACUUGUCUAUGGUGUUCUAUCUGUUGUUGUUUACGAUUCCCAUGCCGAGUUUAGUUUAGGCCUAAUGGGUGAUUCAUUGGUGUGUAUGGGAAGAAAAUGCUAUGGCUUGACUUUUGUGUUGUGGGGAUGCAUUUCUAUCCUGGGAUUAGCCUCAAGUUUACUGCUAUUCUUAUGAACCAGGCCUGCUUAUGACAGGUUUGAACAAAAGAAAAGAUCAACAAUAUUGUACUAAUGAUAAUAUCUCACAAUGUGAUCACAAAAUGUUUGAAAUUCUUCCCUAAUGAAAUUGUAAAGAUGAAAGCAUUUACUAGAUAAUUUUAU